AUGCUUGCUGCGGACCUCCUCGACGAAUCGCGUCGUGCGAUCUGUAAUGAUGUGCACCGCCGCAUACAACUUGUCAACACGGCGCCUCAAGUCCCCUCUCGUCGCGCUCUCGCUGGCAUUGCACUUAUUUCUGUGCUGUCGGCUGUUGAGAAGCAGCGUAAGAAGAAGGGAAAAGAUAAAGAAGAACAGUACAAUUUCGACGCGGCCGAAGAUAUGUCUGGUGAAUUGCAGACUAUACCUGCGCGCCAUGGCGUCGCGACAUUUGUGCCCAGAGGCAGGACAAUCAAGGUUAUCAAUACAUAUGGCAAGCAAGUGGUAAGCAUGUGGGCGUUUACCCUGGGCCCACCACCAGAGGAGGGAGGUGAUGAAGAGGGCGAAGGAAAGGAACUGGAUGAUGAACAAGUCAAGAAAGAGGCAGAGCAAAUGAAGAAGGCUGUGGAGGAGGAGGGUGAGAAAGGUGAAGAGGCGGUCAAAGACAAAGAAGGCGAGUCAAACGAACCGGAAGAGCCGAAGAAAGAUGUAGAGAACGAUUCGGAGGAGCAGAAGAAGGAUGCAGGUAGCAGUGGCAAGGAAACUCAAUCUACUGAAGAGGCAGUCGAAAGUCCAAAAGAAGAAGCUGCUGAAGACCCACCCGAACAAGCUCCCGAUACACCCGACAACGAGAAGACAACCGAGAGCACAGCGUCAUCGUCGAAGCAGCCCAAUAAGCGCACUUGGGCGUCAUAUCUCCCUUCGAUCCCAUACCGCAACAAGGGCGGUGCGAACAAGCAGGAAGCAGAGCAGAAGCCUAGCCCUGAGCAAGAGAAGAAACAGAACGAGGAGAAUACCAAGAAGUGGUCGUCAUACCUACCGACUGGAAAGAGUUUCUCUAGUUAUGUGCCGAAUGUCGAAGUACCCGACAAGAACGCCGUCGUGAGCGCGUUCAAGUCGAGCCAUUACCGCGAUCCGAACAAGAGCUAUGCGGAACAGCUCUAUGACUUCUCAAAGACGCCUGUAGGCGCUGGAACCAUCGCUGCUGCGACAGGCUCAGGCUACGCAUCCUCGGCCUACGCUGUAUACUCCGCAUACGCCUCGACACAUCCCUCCAACUCUUCGCAACCUCCAAUGGAGUACCUCUCCCUUCCCCACACGCGCGCUUCCUCGCACAAACUCGUGCCAGAAGUCGAUGACGAGCUCCUGACCAACCUGCGCAACCCGAUCGUCACCCUUAUUGAAGACACAUCGCCCGGUGGACAUGACACACUGACGGCGGCGUGUGACGCGAACCAGUACGCUUCAUUAGGCGUUGAUAAGCCGGCAGAACAUGGUAGCUGUGCCGAGAACCUCGUCCUCGCGCUUAAGGAGAUCAACGAGACGGCAGGACUCAAGGGUCCAAAAGCAGUUGGCGCAGACAUCUCAGUCAAUAUCGCGCCCACGCCUCUUCAUCUUUUCAUGAAUGCGCCUCUACAAUCCGAGGGUAGUGACCAAACCGACGGUGCGGGCACAAAGGGCGUGACGCUUAGAGUCGAUGAGCCCAAAGGCAAAAAGCGAUGCUUCGUCCGCUUCCGUGCCGAGCGGGAUGUAGUCAUUGUAUUCAGUGCUUGCCCUAUGGAUGUAGGAAAGCAGAAUGGCGGACGGUGCAUGGCAGCCAACUUCAUGGUCGAAGACGUACAAGAAGGCGAGGACCUCGCCUCAUCUAUUGCAUCUGGCAAAGCGAAGAAAGCACCGAAGAAACUGAACGAGAAGGAAAAGGCGAACAAGACGAAGCAAGAACCUAAAAAAGCGGAUCAAGAAGACAAGAAAGACGACUCAACAGAGACGAAGGAAGCACCAAAGAAGCCUGAGCUGAAGAAGACUGAGUCGGCGAAACAAACACCCAAAAAGGAUGAAGAUCCAGCAGACAAGAAACCAGCGUCUAGCCAACAAGAAUCAUCUGCACCACAGAAGGAAGAGAAGCCAAGCGGCUCGACGACGUCUGAAGAGCCGAAGCCGAAGAAGAAGCCUAAGAAGCUUCAGGUGCGUAGCCAAGGUGCUUCCACGCCAGCACAGUCCUCGUGA